AGUAUCCACACCUCCUACUUGUAGGUGUUCUUCUUGUUCUGUUACCUGAAAGAAGAAGAAAUUUAACAGGAGUGUGGCACUUGCUGCUUCUAUAUUAUUGCGAUCCGUCGAGAUAAAACCCUGCUUCUAUUGCGAAAAGAAGGGAUUCUAGUGUUUAGCUUCCGAGGUUGACUUAAGUUGCUGUUUGAAGUGUGUCGAGGAUCACAAAUCUUAUUGUGAGGCGUUUCUUACACCUUAAUAAUUAUUAUGUAUUUCCCGUCGGCGCGACCAGCUCGACAGUGAGGUCGAAGCCGUCGAAGAGGAAAUCGCGAAUUUUAUGGCUAAAGUUGUUCGUUUUCGGAAAUAACGUAAGGAAUGGUCUGAAAAGGCGGCGCGUGCGGUGUCCCGGGGUAUUGACAAUUUGGCGGAGCUGGAGCAGUUGGAGCAGAAGGAGCGUGAGGCGGAGGCCGCUCUUCAGGCUGCUACAACGCAGUCGGCAGAGGGUUCUUCCGAGGUCGUCCCCGCUUCUUUGGAAUUAGUGGAUUAUUUGGGGAUGUUGUCGAUGGAUCCUGAGCUGGCAUGAUCCCUAGGCUUUGAUGGAGUUUUUCCACUAGCGCCAUUGAGUUCUUAAGAUGCUUAAUAGGUUCCUAUGUUUUUUCUUUUUCUUCCCUUUUUUCCUAUUGUACCCUAUAGCGUUGUUUGCUGUCUUC